UCCGAAAAUGUGACUUCUUUGUUAACCAGGACCAGGUGCAACUCAAAGUUGCUAAUCUGGAGUUCAAGGUAGAAUUUGUUUCCAAGAUCUGAAACCGACGGAGCGUCUUUUUAUAAUUUUUAAUUUCUAAAAUGCCGCGUUAUACAGUGCAUGUCAGAAGCGAGUGGCUCACAGUGCCUUGUAGUGAUCCUCUCAAUACAGCGAGAUGGCUCGGUGUGGAGGCUAUACGUCGUUAUAUUAAGAAUAAACCUGAUAACGGUGGUAUCACUUCAUUAAUGGAUGUGAAGUUUCGGAUCAGAAGGUGUCAGGGACUGGGCUUGCUGGAUUUGGAUGAUACCCUUGCAGAUGUACUUGAAGAUAACGACUUCGCUGAAGUUGUUAUCGAUGGAGAUACAAUGUCACCAGAUUUCAUACCAUCUCAGCCAGAAGACGUGCACUUAUGCAGCAAGUACCAGGAGCCACAAGAGUUUGUAUUCUUGGAUGGAAGCACUCUAAGCACAGAAGAUUUAGUAAGUCUGGGGAAGGGGCUGUACAAAAUUAAGUUAACGCCAGCAGCAGAGAAUAAAGUGAAAAAGUCAAGGGAUCUUUUGGAGAACAUUGUUAAUGAAAAUCGAGUUGUAUAUGGAAUUACAACGGGUUUUGGAAAAUUCGCUCGGACUGUUAUUCCAAAUAACAAAUUGAUGGAACUCCAGGCAAAUCUAAUUCGUUCUCAUUCAGCAGGUGUUGGCAAACCACUGAGCCCUAGAAGAUCCAGAAUGCUCCUGGCAUUAAGGAUCAAUGUCUUAGCAAAAGGAUAUAGUGGAAUUUCUUUUGAAACACUCCAGCAAAUGAUUGACGCAUUCAAUGCAUCUUGCUUAUCUUACAUCCCUGAAAAGGGGACAGUCGGAGCAAGUGGAGACCUAGCACCACUCUCUCAUCUUGCUUUGGGAUUAAUGGGAGAAGGAAAGAUGUGGUCACCACGGAGUGGUUGGGCUGAUGCCAAAUAUGUUCUGGAAGCUCAUGGACUGAAACCAAUAGUGCUGAAACCUAAAGAGGGUUUGGCUCUUAUUAAUGGAACUCAGAUGAUUACAUCCCUGGGAUGUGAAGCAGUGGAGAGAGCUGUUGCUAUAGCCAGGCAAGCUGACAUCAUAGCAUCCCUUACCUUAGAAGUUCUGAAGGGUACCACGAGAGCCUUUGAUGGUGAUAUUCAUGACUUGCGUCCCCAUCCAGGGCAGGUGGAGGUAGCCUUUAGAUUUAGGUCUCUUUUGGAUUCAGAUCACCAUCCUUCAGAAAUUGCAGAAAGUCACAGAUUUUGUGAUAGAGUCCAGGAUGCAUACACAUUACGCUGUUGUCCCCAGGUCCACGGUAUAGUGAAUGAUACUAUUGCUUUCGUGAAAAAUAUCAUGCAAACUGAGAUCAACAGUGCUACUGAUAAUCCUAUGGUAUUUGCAGAAAGAGGAGAAACCAUUUCAGGAGGGAACUUCCAUGGCGAAUACCCAGCUAAGGCACUGGAUUACUUGGCCAUAGGCGUGCAUGAACUUGCUGCAAUUUCUGAGAGACGAAUUGAGCGGCUGUGUAAUCCCUCCCUCAGUGAACUACCUGCAUUUCUGGUCUGUGAAGGGGGCCUGAACUCAGGCUUUAUGAUUGCUCACUGCACAGCUGCAGCACUAGUUUCGGAGAAUAAAGCCCUUUGUCACCCAUCAUCUAUCGAUUCUCUCUCAACCAGUGCUGCUACAGAGGACCAUGUUUCAAUGGGAGGAUGGGCUGCCAGAAAGGCAUUACGAGUAGUCGAACAUGUAGAACAAGUACUUGCUAUAGAGUUGCUUGCAGCUUGUCAAGGUAUUGAGUUUUUACGCCCACUGAAAACUACAACACCAUUGGAGAAAGUCUAUGAACUUGUGCGGUCUGUUGUAAGGCCUUGGAUAAAAGAUCGUUUCAUGGCCCCGGAUAUUGAAGUUGUUCACAGACUGCUUCUAGAUCAAAAGGUCUGGGAAGUAGCAGAACCUUACAUUGACAAGUACAGAAGGGAACAUAUUCCAUACUCGAGACCCAGUUCUCCAACCUCUUGCUCUCUGGAGUCUAGUUUCAAUGGCAGACAAGAUCACCAUAAUGGAGAUUAUUAAUACUGAUGCAUUUUAGUGUUAACAGCAUUCAAGCUCCAUGGUUAUUAGACAAAGCUGUACAACAGUGAUCUUAGUGGGUGACAAAAACUAAAAUAAAUCAGUUUCCAAGAUAUUCAUGCUAGUCCAUUUCUAUAAUGGUCAUUACAGAAACAAAGCAACAUCAGUCAAACUUAUCACUGCUAAGACUUUGGAACAAAAUAAAAAUAAAUAAUAAUAAGCUUAUUUCUCUUCUUAUAGUAACCAUUUAUGAUCUCUUGUGUGAGCUUUCUAUGGGAAACAUCAUGAAUGUUGAACAAUAGUCCCAAUUCUAACAAAGUAUUGCAUUUUACCUUUAUCCUGUAUGUUUAUGUAAAUAUUAUAUUACCAGUAUUCUACACUAUUCAGAUACGUAUACAUUUAAUUUUUUGUUCUGUUUAGUUUCUUUACAAAGUAUUUCAGUUGUUAAUUUUUUUCUCAUACCUGUUUUAUCAUAUUUAGGGCCCUGGGGAGUUGCAGCCUAUCCCAGCACUUGCUAGGUGGUCUUACCUGCAUGUCUAUCUGGGAUGUAAAAGGAGACCUUGUCAAUUGCCUGUAAAUUUUUCUUGGCCUGCCCUGUUUGUGUCACCCCCCCCCUCCCCAGAGGCAGAAGGUUACCCAUUGAGGUGGAUAUUGGCCAGAUUGAUCAUGAUCCAUGGAUUAACUAUUGUAAUUCUGCUGAAAUCUUGGACACAAAAGCACCUGACCAAAAAUAAAGCAUAGGUAGAGAGAACAUAGAGACUAUUCAAAAGGCAUGUCAUCCAUAAACAAUUCAGCUGGCAUAAAAUAAGACCCCAAAGUAUAUGGUCUCAAAUUUUACUGACCUGCUACCUUUUAUACUAAUAAGUAUCUAUAAGUUGAGAGUCCUGCAAUAUUUUAUUGUAGUGCCUUUUCAGUGUACAUAACAUUAAUGAGAUGUAAGAUGUGAUUGUGAAAAUGUAUUUCUUCAGAGGCAGCAGGUAUUGCUACAACUCUAACAUCAUAAGUAGAGCAUGGAUACAUCCCGCAAUGCACCUGAUGUUAAUUAUUAGUUAACAUGACCCAUGAGAUUGAAUGCACAAAUACGACUGUAUAAAAAUAAGCUAUAAAAUGUCAUUCUUGUUUGCAAGUCCAGUCUUUAUGGAAGUGUGUGCAAACUUAACUUUAAAAUUUUAGAAUGCUCAUGCACGUGCUGUUUAAACCAGCGGUCUCCAACUCUGAUGGCUUGAGGGACAGAUGUUGGACGAGUAGACGCACAAAAAAGUCAACCAGGCAUUCUGAGGAAAAUGUAAUUUAACAAAAAAAUCAUACAAUAAAUAUACUGGUGUGAACAGACACAAACGCA